UGAGCGAGCGGCGACUGGGCGACAUUCGACAGCUCGUUGAAAUAAUGCGUUGGCUGUCGGGUUGCGGAAUCUGCUGCGACAGAGGCUCAGCUCGGCGUCACUACUUAAUGGAAAACACGGUUGUUUGUCGGCCGCGAUAAGCACACACUUGUUGGGAGCAACCAGCAGAGGCUAAUGCACCGCCCAGCCGCCUAGAUUGCCGCCGAUAAAACGCGCGACUCGGUUUUUGCGGGCAACAGCCGUGACACUCAGUCAGCACACUAAACUUGUCGCUACCACUCGCAGCCAUGGGUUCGUCGGCGGAGGACUCGUCCAGGAGCGUUUGGCGCAACGCCGACGCCGUCUGCUUCGACGUCGACUCCACCGUCUGCCAGGACGAGGGCAUCGACGAGCUGGCCAAGUUCUGCGGAAGAUACAAUGAGGUCUCAAAGCUUACCAAGGAGGCCAUGACUGGAAAACUCGAGUUUAAAGAGGCCCUGAGGCAGCGUCUGGGCAUCAUCCGGCCCUCCCUGAACCAGAUGCGAGACCUGAUAAGGACCAGACCCCCAAAUCUCACUCCUGGAGUCAGGGAGUUGGUGGCCGAGCUGCAGCACAGAAAAAUCCCCGUUUACCUGAUCUCUGGAGGCUUCCGGGGUCUUGUUGGCCCCGUGGCGCUGGAACUGAACAUCCCCCUGCAGAAUAUUUACGCCAACAGGCUCAAGUUUUUCCUCAAUGGCGACUACGCCGGCUUCGACGAGGAAGAGCCGACCUGUCGCAGCGGCGGCAAGGGAGAGGUCAUUCGCUUUCUCAAGGCCAAGAACGACUACUCCAACGUUGUCCUCAUCGGAGACGGCGCGACCGACUUGGAAGCCUGCCCACCAGCUGACGCCUUCAUAGGCUUCGGCGGCAACGUCAUUCGCGAGGAGGUGAGGGCGAAGGCCAAGUGGUACGUCACGGACUUCCAAGAGCUGAUCGACGCCCUCGACUAAUCACUACGGCGAAAUCUCGUGUAUUUUUAGAGGAAAAAAAUUAAUAAGAUUCAAUCCCGACGACUCUUGCAAUCAAAAUGUGUUCAUAGAGAAAUCUCUAAUUAUUGUCUGCCUGCCCGACUGUCGCACGAUAACCGAUGCAUUUUGCUGUAUGUAAACAUAAAUGUGCUGCACACAUCCCGAGCUUUUAUCGUUGUACCACUUAGGAGAGAAGAAAUUAAUUCAUCGAUACCUUCGCAGUAUUCCGAAGCAAUUUUUGUGUGAUUUUGGAACAAAAAUGCGAAACGAAUAUUGAAAUUGAUUUUUACUCAAUUACGUAAUUUAAAAUAAAUUAUUCCAAUAAUUUAAUUAAUUAAUUUAAACGUCUAUUUAUCUUAACGUGAGGACUGAAAUUUCGUGAUCAUUUUUCGUUCCUAAUUCGCUAAACUCUUCUCGUUUCUUAUUUCGUAACAAAGAUUGUGUAUGUAUUUUGGUCGACGUGUGUCUGCUCGGUUGCGAAGGAAAAUAAAAGAAUAAAAUAAACGUCUCGGUGUCUGUCACAGAA